AUGGACAACAACGCGACUGGCUGCGGUGAGAUGACGGGUAGCGUGCCGCAGGCUGCCAGUGUGUCGGACGUGGGUUCUUUCCGUGAGAGCGCCAUCAACGCGUACUGGACGCAGUACCAGGACAAGUACGACUCGCGUUCGAAACUGUUCGAGGACCUUGCGGACGUGCACCUGAAUUGGCUGCCGAACGACGCCAAGCCGUCGGCUGAGGCUGCGUACAACCAGUUCGUGUACACGUACACUCUGGGUGCUGGCGGUGAGGCGUAUGAGGGCGACUACGACGUGUUCAACGCUGCUCAGCUGGGCAAGGGCGUCACCUUCAUUGGUAAGGACGAAGUGCCCCUCACGAACGAGGUCAGCUUUUGUGACUACGUGUGGGGCUUUAGCAACUGGAACUCUACGUGGACUCGCGACAACGAGAUGAUCGGUCCUGGCAUCCAGCGCAAGGAGGGUGUGCUCCGCUCGUUGGUGUACCUGCAGGUGUCUAUCUCCGGCCAGGCUUUGAUCUUCGUGACGCGUACGGCCGGCAGCAACAACUGGUUCUUCGCGGAGAAGCCGUGCAACCUGCUGCUGAUCGCCUUCGUGUUCGCCCAGGUGGUUGCUUCGGUGAUCGGCUGGAUUGGUUUCGGUGGUUACCCGACGGACCGUAUCGCCGUGAUCGGCUGCGGCGGCGGCUACACUUUGAUUGCCUGGCUGUGGGCUAUCGUGUGGCAGUUCCCGCUUGACCUGAUCAAGUUCACGGUCAACUACAUCCUGACGAAGAACACGUACGCGAGCAAGGCGUUCACGGAGCGCAUAAACGCGGGCCACCCCACGAUGACGCACUCUGUGGUGACGAACACGCAGCGUUCGAUCCGCGCCAGCCGCACGGUGUAA